AUGUCCGAGCCACUGCAUCCAAGAAGGACUCUCCAAAAGAUUAUUACCUCAUCAAGCCCUCCGAUGAUGAUCCUAUCCUGCUCUUUGGUACUUACAGGGGAAGAUGUCACAUCUCUCACCUCAUUUGAUUGGAAUGUCAUCGUCGGGACUUAUGCAGAGAUCAUAUUUGCAUGCACUACCCCUGACCAGAAAAUGCGAAUCAUGGAGGAAAUCAAAGCUCAUGGAGACAAUACAGUCACAGUCACCGGAGAUGGUGUCAAUGAUGCACCAGCACUAAAAGCCGCAGACAUUGGCAUUGCAAUGGGUAGUGGCAGUGAUGUGGCUAAGGAAGCUGCCACCUUGAUUUUGUUGAAGAACAACUUUGCUUCAAUCCCUGUCGCGAUCGAGAUGGGUCGGCUAGUCUUUAAUAACCUGAAGAAAGUCACAUUGUACCUCAUGCCUGCUGGAAGUUAUUCGGAGUUCAUGGCAGUCCUUGCAAAUGUGUUAAUGGGCAUGCAGGAACCCAUGAACUCGUAUCAACAAGUCUGCUAUUGCAUCACCAACAAUGUUAUCAUGUUGAUCUCAUUGAUGUAUGAGCAGCCAGAGUGGGACUUGAUGCAACACAAACCACGCAAUGCAAGGACUGAUAGGCUCACAGAUUGGCACCUUUUCUUCCAUGUCUACUUGUUCUAUGGACUGAUGCUGUGGCCCUGCACGAUGGCAAUGUGGUUCUUGUACAUGCAACAGCAAGGCCUCAGUUUCUAUGAGGUUAUCUUGACUUUCAGCCAAUGGGGGGCUGGCUGGCAAGGUUUCACCAGCAAACAACUAACCCAGUUCAUCUCCAUUGGUUCAUGCAUUUAG